AUGACUCAUGACUGGCUCAAAGGAGGCGCAGAAAACCCUUCCGAGAACCGAUGGCUUGCUCAAUAUCCGUCUGCUGCAUGCUUUGGGAGCUCGGCUCGUCGUCCAUCAGCCUCAAUUCGUCAUCAUCGGAAAAUUCUCGUAUCGAUUUUCAAAACGACUCAAGGAUUGCGACGGGCAGUCUAUUGUCGGAGUGAUUUCCACUGGACGCACUUCUUCUCAACUACGGACCUUAUACCAAUCUCGGAUGAUGCACCCUUGCCUCCGUCUUACACACAUGCUUGCCUCAUAGCGCGCUCUGCUGUGCAUUUCGUGGUAACGAUGCUCUCGAUGAAAUACUCCGAGAAACAGGCUUCGCCAUUAUUACCCGUCAGUCCUGCAGUCAGAAUCUUUCGACAGGCAGUUGGGCUUGUACAAGAGCCAAUUCUCUCUCAAAUCCAGUUACGCUUUUGCAGAAGCCUAGACACUCCCUGUUACAUAUCGCGCUUGACUGACAAGCAGGAGAAACUGCGGAUGUUCUUGCGAACGCUAGAGGUUAUCCAUGGACCGCCGAAGACGCGACGGAGAGAAGCUCCCGGUCGAAAUUACUUUCUCUGCCAAAAUUUCAUUCUCCAAAGCCUUUCUUACCGGAGAAUUCCUGACAUUACGAUCCAGAGAGACGCCGCCGCUUGGAGUUUGUUUACCCAGAAUUUCUAG